CUUACCACAACUUUAGAAUGAUGGGUAAAUAGCAUGGCGAUGAAGAAGCUGUAAACAGCAUCUGUCAAAUUUUCGGUUCAGUAUCUGGUUUAUAUUAAGAGUAACUGAAAUCAAGUAAAGAACAUCAAGUGAAACAGCUCGCAUCAAAAAGGCAGCAUCAAAGUUUUUGCAAUUCUGAAGGUCAAUGUGCCUAGAUGAAACAACCUACAACUGACAUGCCAUUCUAUAAUGGAAUGUGAGACACUUUCAUAUGCAACAAAGAAUUUAGCACCGAGCCCUCCACCAGAACAAGAAUUUUCGUCAAAAAUGGUUGUAGAUCUUCAGUCACACUGUGCUGUUAUGGCAGAAUCAACUAUAACAUCAUCUCAGCAGUUCAAAAUGAUGGAUUCUGAAUCAAAUGAUGUUCCAGAACAAAACUACAAACUGUUGCCUCCAGAAAAUAUCAUGACACCAAGUCCAGAUAACCCACCAAAUAUUGAAUUCUCUGAAGUGCCAAAAGAUGAUAUGUAUAAUGAGAGGAACUCAAAUUCAAGCCCGCCAAAUUUAAGUCCAGAAGAAGCAAUGGAUUCAGAUCCAAUGGAACAAGACUGUAGUUCUACAGAAUCUCAGAUCGGCACUCCCGAUAAAAAUAGAUCGCGGAGGAAACAGACACUAGAGGAUAUAGUGAGACGUAUGAAAGAGGUGGAGAACGAGAAUGGAUAUUACAGUGGUGAAAGUGAUGGGGAGGAUGAUGAGGACGAUAGAAUGCCAAAUGGUUUGAUGAUAGACAUGAAAAAUGGUUGUGAAAACAAGAUGGAAGAUGAGGUCGAUGGAGACGUGUGCCAAAAUUUAAUGAAACGAUUUAAUCAGGAUGAGCGAAUACUGAAUGGACUUAGAGAGGGAAUCAAAAUACCAGGACAAUUCUCCGAACUUAACGGCAACCAUAGAUCUCCUGCUAAUAGUGAAGAUCAAGAGAAUAGAAAUAUUUUUGAGCAUCAUGAAAAAGAGUUGGCCGAGAAAAUUGCUGAGAUGGCUAACAAUGCAAAAUCUGCUGAUUUUACAACUCCUCCAAAAUUAAAUGGUAGUUGGCUACAUGGUGCAUUCAGUGGUCUUCCUAUGUUCCCAUUCCCACCAGGACCUCUUGAUCCUCAUCUCACGCCAAAUUUUCUACCAUUUAUGGAUAAAAAUAAAUUUUCAUCACCUCAAGAACUUGCUGAAAAAGAUUACCUGAAAUGUCAGUAUUGUGAACGAACUUUUCGACGCCAGAAGAAUUUGGAAAAUCACAUUGACAACACGCAUCAAGGAAAAGGGCCUGUCAGAAGAAAGACUGAAAAUGCAAAUGGGGACAUGUACUUCAAAUGUACACAUUGUCCGUAUACAACUAAGCAUCAGAGUAAUUUAUAUGUACAUCUUCGUAUACAUACAGGAGAACGACCAUACAUUUGUGGAGCAUGUGGUGUACAGUACAGUCAGAGUCAUAGUCUAAAAAGUCAUAUCAUCAAUAAACAUGAUGGCAUCAUGUCAUAUUAUAUCAAAGAAAAGAGGAAUCGGUCUCCCAGAGGGAUGGGUUACCUGACACAUGUGUCUCCAGAGGUCUCUAUGUAUAAAAUGUCAAACCCACCUUCAAUGGUCCCACCAAAUCCCCUCCAAAACCAGCAGCCAUUACUUAUGUCACAGUCAAACAUUCCUCUGCCAAUGAUGAUGCCAUCACCACAUCAUCACUCACCUGGGCAACAGCAGCACUCGCCCAACAUCAAGUCAGAAAAUCUCUCGCCAAAAGAUCUAGUUUCACAAAUGGCCAUGCACCAUCUUGCAAAUCUGCCAAAAUCUAGUCCAAAUAGCAUGAUGAAUGGUCAGAUGUCUCCAUUCUUUUCUCAGAAUGGUCUCCAUCACUCACCGUCAAACCAUCAAGAGGAGGAGCUACCGCUGUCACUGGUAUCACAUAACAAGGUGCCACGCCCACUCCAAGAAAUCAACAUAACAAAUGAAGAAAACCAUGGUGCUAUAGAUCUUACCAAGAAAACACCAAAGCAAUCUUCUGAAUGCAAUAAUGUCACAAAGAAUGGAUCGAUCUGUUCUGGAUCAGCUGAGUGUGAGGACUGUGCACAUUCCAUGAAGCUGAAAAUGUUACGUCACAAUGUGGUCCGCAUGCUGAGUAUUCUGGUGCCUAACCUUAAUUUUGAAGAGAAAGGCAUUAGCGCUGAAGGCGAUUCUGUUGAUGAACUUUUACAUGAUGUUAUCCAAAGCAAUAUUCAAGACGAAGGAAUGAGUGACUGAGAUCUCCAUGGUAACAGGGAGGAUGUCAAAAAUCUGUCUCCGUCUGUUAUCCAAGAGUUGCCGAGUGCAAUAAUUAUCAUUGUUCAGUCACAUAUCAAAUUGUGCCAUAGGCAAGGCCUUGAACAUUAUAAUGUAGGGCAGUCUUCUAAGAACUCAUUUCAUAAAUAUGCUGUAGAUUUUUUUAUAUUAGAAUGGGCAUUCCACAUAGCUUUUCACAGCUUACAUGGUGCAAGACUUAGUUUGCUUCUCUAAUAAUGAAUAUUUAAAAAAGGAUUUUUUUUUUAUUCAUAUACUUUAAAUCUAAUUAUGUAAACAAUUUAUUGAAAUUCAGAUUUCUGAAUAGUUGCAUUUCAUUUUUUUGAAAGUUUUAAAAUUUUGUUUUUUUUAUUGAAAACCACCGAAAACUUUGUUUUGAAUUGGGUUGUUAGGAGACAGAUCUACAUAUUCUCUCAAAAUACUAUUAUCUUAAUUGGUGGAGAGAGCCAUAUGAUUUCAUUUAGAUGUUUCUCAUUUGGUCGAAGACCGAUAUCUCAUCGUCAUUAUCAUGUCACUUUGUUUAUGCCAUAUUAAGACAAUGGUUCGUCCAUUUAACCAAAGAUAUUUUGAAAUGUCUUUUAUUUUUAAUCACAUUCCUGUAUGAUAAAGGUAAACCAAACUAUUUUGAAUAGACUUUAUUAUAUGUGUAUGUUGGUUGUUGAUAAUAUGUUGUGAACUAUAUUACAACAUGUAGGUGUAUGGUUGUGAAUUUCCCAAGAUAUACAUAUAUAUAUAUAUUCAUGUGCUUUAGAUUUAUAAGUGAAAACUUGAAUAUAUAUCUUAUAUACAUGUUACGUAUGAUGUUUAUAUUCUUAUUUAUGAUAAUGGUCACAUUUUAAUGUGAUUUAGUUAACUCCCUUUUAAUGUCUGGUCAUUUGUGAAAUUUUUCUGAUAAGUAUAUUUUUGUUAUGUGUCUCCGAGAUUACAUUGUUAUAAUAAUAAUAAGAGUGUUACGUAUCAAACUAGUGAUACUGCCAAAAUAACUGUUGCUUCCAUUUUAUUUUAUAUGUCUUCCAUUCUUUGUACAACAAAAUAACAAUUAAGUAAGGGGUCUGGUUUAAUUUCCGUUAAGGAAUACAUUUUAAACCAAUCACAAUAUUUUGGAGAAUGCUUUGAAAAUAUUCCUGACAUGUUUUAGAUUCUGAAACAAUUUUAACUCACUCUGUUCAACAAAGCAUUACAAAAAUCAUUUGGUCAACAAGAUUGACAAUAUAAGCAAGUAGAUGAUUUUUAGAAAACGACAGAAAAUUUGAAAUUGGAUUGUGAAAUUGAUAUUCAUUUCUUACUUUUGAAAAUGUUUACAAUUAUUGUAUUCAGUAUAUAUAAAAAAAACUUACAUGUCAAUCAAUGAUAUAAGUGAACAGAUUCUAGUGUUGUGUUUUGGGUUUUCUUAGAAAAAUUUCACAAAUGAUAUUUUAUACAUGAUUAAUUGUGCUGUUGUGAUUUAGUGCUAGUAUGUCAUUUGUCUUGUGAAGUGUGUUUCUAUUUAUAUUUACUAUACAUUUCUUCAGAAUCAUUUGCAGAAAAGUUAUUAUUACAUUUUGAAGGUAUUCCCCAUUUUGUCAGAUCAGUACUAUUCAUCGAAAAAAUGCUGGAUAAUUUAUUUACAAGAAAAAGUUCAUAUAUAUUUAGGUUGCCAUUUGUAUAAUGAAAAAUUAGUGUCAAGUUAUCUAUUAUAUAGAUAUUUGGACAUCACUUUGAUAUCAGAAAUUUAUUUCAUGUUUAAAUCAGAAAGUUGUGUUACACAUUCUGUACUUAACAUCCUGGUGUUUUUGUGAAGUCACACAGACAAUUAUGGAACAGAUUUCUUAAGCAUAUUUACUUAAUAUUUGAUUUAAUAAAGUCUUGGAUUCAAAUUGUUCCUUUCUUAACUUCUUCUUUUAGUGACAAGGCACAAAUUGUUGUUGUUAAGUUCAUUGCUUUUUUAAAGUAUUGAAAGAUUUGAAAAUUGUAUUUUUUUUAAAUAUUGUCAUUACAACAAAUGUUAAAGAAGAUUUUAAAAUGGAAGAAGAAGGCAGAAAUUCUUUUAUUUUUCAAGUUUAACUGCUUGGAAAGGUAAUAAAUUUUAAAACAAAUUGUAAUAUUUGUUAUUGUUGCAUUCAAAAUACAAACAUAAUUUUGAAUAUAUGCAGUGACUGUAAGAACUCAUUUAGAUCCCUACAUGAGAAGAAAUGUAUAGUAAAUAUUCUUUACAAGUUUUUAGUACUUAAUUUGAGUGAGACUUUGUACAUAGUAUGAGCUAUUGUCAAAACCAUUUGUAGAUCGAUCAGUUGUACUUAUUUUCUAUGUUAUUUACUAUAAAAUCAAAUGAUGAGUUAUCAACAUUCCGAUUGUUAAUAGGUUGUUAUUAUUUUUUAUAAAAAUCUUCCACAAAUCUUUGAGAAUUCCACUGCUGAUGAUAUGUUGAAUUUUUGUGUCAUAACAUGAAGUACAACUUGUGUCGUGUCAGUGGCAAAAAUAUUGCACUUAAAACGUUUUAAAAAUCUCCCUGAAGAUUAGGCCUAUAUAAAUAAAUAAACAAGUGUGAAAAGAUAUAUGAAUAAAAACAUUCCAGGUUAAAAGUCUGUUUAGCUAUUUUGUUGUGUUUAAGUGAGAGACAAAAAAUUGAAAAAAAAACUAUUAAAUUUAUAUUUCUUGUGAAAGUUAUGAAUUGAUUUAAAGACUUAACCUACACUGGCCAUUUAAUGUUUUGUUUUUGUCACUAACAUGACAUAAGUGUAAAGAACACUUAAGCUAAAACAAUAUUUACUAACAAAAGUGCCAUUUCUUGAAAAAAACUUUUGUUUUAAAUGUGUUCAUACUUCUAUAUUCCCCAGCAAACUUUUGCCUUAAAGCGAUUCACCUUUCUUUAGCAAUGCCAAACAUUCCAGUCUUUGUUGUUUUAAAUUGCCUUUUAAAGUUUUCUGCAAAAUACUUUCAUGUUUAGAAAUUGCAAAGUGUUUUAUUAUUAGCUCAUAAGCUAUGAAUGCAUUUCCUGUAUAAAUCAUUUUAAGAAUUCCUAGCAAUAAUUUUUGUGGAAUUGUAAUAUAGCAGAAUGUCAUUUUGAAUUUAAGAUCAAACCAUAACAUCACCAAGAUAUCAAAGUCAACUUUUAGUUCAAUGUCAGAGGGUAAUUUUAUGUUUUAUUCAAGGUCAGUUAUAUGUUUUCAUUAUAAGGCCAUUAACCACUAGUUGUUUAAAGCACACAUUCCAAAACUAUAUUUCAUAAAUUUCUUCACGUUUUGCAUAUGAAACACUAAGAAAUACUAUUAGUGAAAUUAAGAGAGUACAUACAAAGUAGUUUUUGGGUCUAUUUUUAUUCUGUUACCUGAACCAAUUAAAAUGAGUGUAUUUUGCAGUUAACUUCAUCAUGUAUCUUUUAUCUCCAUCAUGAAAUACAAUAAAAGAUGAGGCAGCAUUUUUCAUUAUCAUCAUUUAUAACAAAAAGGUGCUGACUUAUGCAUAAAUUAAGGAUUUUUUAGUAGGUGCUAAUCCUUCCAUCCAGAUUGUCUUAGCACAGAUAAAGGACAGCUUAUGUAUAUUCUAAUAUUUUUAGUUUGUAGUUUUUUUUAACAGUAUUAUUAUUUUGAACUACAAAUUAAAGCUCAUGUGUUCUAUUAAUCUGUUGUGUUCAUCUAUGUGUUCUUAUGCAAGUCAGAAUAGGGUUCAUUAACAUGUUAUUUUGUUAAAGUGUCUUUUUAACAAAUAUUUAGACCAUACAUGUGGUAUCAGUAUGCAUUUACAAUACAACAAUUUUAUUGAGGAAAAAAUGUGUUUUCAAAUUGGAAAACUAAUUUAAAACAAACAUUUACAGAGAAUAUUUAGAAAAUUUCAUUUUAUUUCAUUUGAUUUCUGAUAAUGCUAUGGUAAUCUCUAUUCUAAUUAAUAAUGUUUCUUAAAUUUUUGAUAAAGCAGCUGAUUCUAUAUAUGUGGACCUUUAUUUAAUGACUGCAGCACGGUGUUCAAAGAUAAACGGUGCAGAAUCUCUCUAGUCCCAAAUUUAUUAAGCACCAGUUGAGAAGUUCACGAGUCCUGGUUUUAUUUUGUUACAAUCGUUUGUUAUUUUUUUAUAUAUUUCUUUUUGAAUGACUUUGUUUUUCUCUUUUUACCAAAGUUUUUUGUUUGUAUAUAAUUUGUGCUAACAUUUGUUGUGUUUUUGUUUAAAUUGUAGCCAUUUUGUGUUCAUUUAUUAUUUUUUCUUUGUAUAGAACGGGACAAGAUGUUUCAGGCUGUUUUUAUUAAUUGCCUUCUUUGACAACUGGUCAGACUGUUGAAAUGGCAUCUAUCCCAUAAAAUCAAACACUGCCAUUUUAUACUUUUAAAACACUUGUUUAAUUCUAGUGACAAAUUUCAAAUGUUAUUUUGAUUUUUUAGAACCAUUAAGUUAAGAAGAAUGUCUCAAAACUAUCUGUUUUGUUGUUUCAAGAACCCCUACAAUGCAUAGGAAUUGGAUAACUUGGUAAUCUUCUCUUAUCUUAAACCCAAAAUAAACCUACAUGGUAAUAUUUUAACUCAGAUCUUUUUAAUUUCUUGGUUAUUUCUGUAAUAAUGAUAAACCUUAUUCAACUUUAUUGUAUAAGUGAUUGGGCCAUUGGUUCAAAAUUGGAAAAAAUAUAAUUCUGGUGUUCAAAUUUUAUUGUUCUGCCCUCAGAUUUGCUUUAUUAUUUUAUAUAAAAAAAAACAAGUUGAAUGAUGGAAAUUUUUUUGCUGCUAUAUCCUGAAUUUAUACUAUAUUUUGUCUGAUCUCAAUUGUUUGCAUAUCAUUAUUCUUAAUUCAGGUAUUUUUUUUUUAAUUUGUUAUUGUUAUUCUAAUUUGUUUUUUUUUUUUUUUUCUGUUGUUUUGUUUAUGCUUAGCUGUUCUGGUUAUCAAAGUCGCAGAUUAAACAUAUAUGUGGUAUUAAAACAUUGUAAGAGGACAGAUUUAAUGAAUUGUUUACAUGUAAUAUUUAAUUGAGAUAAAUUAGUUAUAUUUAUCUGAUUUUUUCAUAACAUUCAAUUCUUUAAUUGAAAUAAAAAGUGUAAAGUGUUUGUUGAUGUUAAUACAUACCACUUUGCAUUUGAAACUUAUAAAAAACCAUGCUUAUUAUCACAACAAUGCAGCGCCUGGUAUAAGACUACAUUCCAAUAAAACUAUUGUACAGCAUGCAAAUAUAAAUUUUAAGAUAAUAAACAUAAAUAUCUUUAUAUAUAUAUUUAUAAAUCAAAUUAGUGUCAGCUGUUGUAAGCUUUUGAUUAUAUAUCGCUUUUUCUUCCAAAAUGACGAUUUAUGAAAUCUUCCCGUCCUUGAUCAGCAAUACUCUUCUGUCGUAGAACAAUUUGUAGUUUCUGGAUACUUCUAAUAUGUAAUUAGGCAACAAUAAGACAAUUAUGUAUAUUAAGUAGAAAAACUAUGGAAUCAAUUAUUUUUUAUUUGUAAGUAAUGUUUUGUGAAUAGAUGUUGUACAAUAGUAAUAAAAAUCUCAUUAAUAAAUAAAAUGAACAAUUACAUAUGUAUGAAUUUAUGUACAGAAUCUCCUUAAUUUACAAGCUUCUUACUAUGAAUGAACAAUUUAUGUGUAUAAAGAUAUUUUUAAUUAAGUGCUAAUAUAACAGAUACAUGUUGUUUGUAGAGAAAAUGGUCAGAAGUAUUUUUUAGAUUAUGACCUGUUUUAAAGCAUACAUUGUAGUCUAUAGAUUGAGGAAAUAAUGCCUUAAUUGGUUUUACUACUAAUCAGUUGUAAGAAUGCUAUUUUAGACUGAUUUAGUGUGCUAACCUGCUUACAUUUGUCAAAAUAAAACUUUACGAAAGUAGUUAAACAGGAGAGGGACAUAGAAGGCUUGAAAGCAUUGGCAAAAACAGGGAGAAAAAGCAUUUUAUGACUUAUUUAGUAAACUGAUUUUAUUCAUAUUUCCCAGUCCCAUCCAAACACAGAAAAUAACGGUCAAGUUAAAUGACUGACCAUUCUUACUUGAGUAGCCAUUAUGUAAAGCACUACAAUGUAUGGUUUGACAUUGACAGACUUUGACAAGUUUAUAGAUUGUGCUUUUUUAGAUAACUUGUGUGUAUGUAAGAGAAUCAAACCAAAGAAUAGGGUGAGAAUGUUCCCUGUUAGUCUUCCCACCGGUUGUAGUAAGUUUCCUUGUUACUGUGAACAGAAAAACACUGCUUUUCUUCCAAUUGUUUGGUUUUCAAAAAACUUUUUUUUUUAAAUAGUUAUGUUUGAAUUGUCUUCCUUCAAAUGAUGGUAUUAUUUCUUUAUUUCUUUUCAAACCUAAUUUACUUUCUGAGUAGGAAAUAAAUCCAUGUAUUCCACCAAUAUUUUCCAUUUUGUUUUGAUAAAUAUUUUACAUUUGUUAUAGUUUUAUCUUUAAAAACCUGUUGAAUGAUUUAUUUCACUUAACUUGCAUUUUUUUUAAUCAAAUGAAAGAUAUUGUAUUCUUUUAAAGGAACUCCCAAUUCUUUCUUGUUAACAGAAACAUUUGACUUUCAAGAAAAAUUCUCCUUUUUAUCCUUUUAUGCAAAAAUAUAAAGUGAUACUUUUUGGUAGAGAAAACUUAAAAUGAACUGUUUGAGUUCUUAUUUUUUUUUUACAAAAGAAAGUGCAUACCGUUCAUCUUUAAGUAUUACAAAAGUUUAAUCUAAAUCUUUUUUUUUUAAUCACAAAUUUCAGUAAAGGAGAAGCUGACCUUGUUUAUGUCGUGUGCUCUUGAAUCUUCAAAAGUGUCCUGUAUAUAAUGCUGAAUCUCUUUUGAGAUGUCAGCUUGGUUAUAUAUUAAUUUUAAUAUGAACACAAAUUUUUAUCUUUAAUUUAUACAUCUGUGUACUUAUAAGUAACAGAUAGGCUUAAUGUAUGUCCCAAUUAAUCUGUAUAAAUGGAAUUUUGGUGCAUAAAUGUGAACUAUUUAUUUCUGUUAAGUAACACUUUUUUAAGUGGACAUUUGUUUAUUGUAACAAUUUAUUUCCUUGCAAAUAUGUAUAUUUUGAUGAUUUUAAGAUAUUUUGAAGAAAUUACAUUGGAGAGUUAUAUAUGCAAAAUCUUAUUUUAGUCAAAAAGUUAUGACAUUAGGUGUAUAGCCUUUUUGUCUUUCCUAAAUCAAAUUUUUACUAUGAAAAUUUUUAAUUGUAGAAGUAUAUGAAUAUUUUUCCAGACAAAUUUCUUGUUACUUGUUAUAGCAAUACUAACCAUUAAUUAAAAUAACUAAAUAUGCAAAUGAUCAAGUAAUUGUCAAAAUUAAUACCAGAUGUACUGUAAAAGUAUCAAUAUUUAUAGUUGACCAAUAAGUUUGCUUCCAAGGCAGAUAUACUAUACAAAUGAUUUUCAACUUUAAAAAAACGGUCCCUUGUUUUUAGUAAAUAUUUGCAUCAUUCUACCAAUAAAUUUUUUUUGGAAAAUGCUCAUUUAAAGAGACUCAUAAAUAUGGACCAAAUACUGUUAACUCCGAAAUAACUGCUUUGAAUACAAAUUAUAAAGGGGAAAAGUGUAACACAAAGAUAAUCAUAAUAUUCAUUAAAAAAUAAAUAUGUACUGAUAAUUGUGUUUAUAAUGCCAAUCAUUUGAAAUUUAAAGUAAAACAAAAUUCAGAAAUUCUGAUCUUACAGUAUCCAGAUUUGAUAGUUAGUAGGACUUUGUGUCAAUUUUGUCAUAAAUUCCACUGUUUCAUAGAUGAUCGUGUACGAUAGUAUUUCUAUAUGAUAUUGAUACUUUUACAUGAGAAGUUUCUUCCAAUAAUUCUGCAGCCUGUUAAAUGCCUUUCUUGUUUGUUAGAUGUAGUAUCUUAGAUGCUUUCUGUUUGUAUUACUAAUGCUAGGUUGUACGUUAUUGUUUGAUAAAAAAAAUUGUGUAGCGUAGUGUAUAAAAAAUAAAGCAAUAAGUCUAAA